CCACCGUCAGCGACACUGCCACCGAGACGAAUUUGUAAAAUUCUGACAACUCGUAGUACUGGAGGAAAACAAAACGUCUUGUAUACAAGUUCGAUCAUCGCUUUGAGCAAUCUACUUUAAUACCGGUUGUGUUGCUCUUGAGCAAGUCUUAAUUAUCAACAUGAGUUCAACUAAGGUCAACGAAAUUAUCAAAGUAUAUAAAAAAUUGGCUCAAACGCCAAAUCUCGCGUCAGCGAAAAUUGUUUUCAAUCCGAAUAACAUAACAACAAUAGAGAGUCAGUGGUCGUCGCGCAAUUUAGAAACAAAAAAGAAGAACAAGUUCUCGCAAUCUUUCUUCUUCAAUGAAAUGACACCAAUUGCCAAAACCUUCCCCGCAGACACAACUUCCGAGCUUAUGAGUGUUUCUUCUUCCGAUGACUCCAUCAGAGCAAUUUUGCGAGAAAUAUCCAUUGACGCGAAAUCGAAGCAAUUCGUUGAAAUUUGGGACAAGCAGCAACUCCUCAAGUCUUUUGACUUGGCUGCUAUGGAUGUUCACGGAGAUGUUUACACAACUCCUACGUUCGCUUCGUUUCAUUGGUCGCCGGACAAUACUCGCUUGUUGUAUCUCGCCGAAAAGAAGCUACCAAAAUCUGAAUCGUUUUUCACCCGAAAAGCGAAAAAGAAUAAAGAUCAAUCGUCUGAGGAUUCAAUUGUGCCUGGCAACGAAUACGUUUACAAACCCGAGUGGGGUGAACAACUGGUCGGCAAGCACAGAUCCGUUGUCGCCAUACUAAAUAUCGAGGAAGAGACUUUAACCGCCGUCGAAGAUAUACCCGAAGAAUAUUUCCCGUCUCAAGUUUGCUGGGCUCCCAACGGCGAAGAUAUCGUUGGAAUCGUUUACAAAUUGUACCACCGAUAUCUUGGAUUGAUGUUUUGCACCAACAGGGAGUCGUACGUGUUUCAUUUGAAGAAAAACGAUUUUCGUUUGCUGACUGGAAAAGAUAUAUCCGUACGCGCGCCUCGAUUCAGCCCCGAUGGAAAGUACUUGGUCUGGCUGGAAAGAGAUAUGGGUCCAGCUCAUCACGACGUUCAAAGACUCAUGUACAUGGAAUGGGAGCAACAAGUACCCCAAGUACUAAUAGAUGUCGUGGACACGCACAUUACGAUUGCAAAUAAAUCCAAGUUUUACGGAGUUUAUAAUCAAAAUUUUCCAAAGCGUUGCUGGAGUGAAGAUUCAAAGUUUCUCUUUUUUACUACUCCCCAGAGAAACACUUUCAAGUCGUAUUCAGUUAAUUUAGAGACAAAGGAAAUAAGAGAAUUUGAUGGAAUGUCAGAUGAUGUAAGUUAUGGCAUUCUAGAUGUUAAGGGAAAAUACAUUUCUUUGGUUGCUACAUCUUUAACUCUUCCGACGCAAUUGUUACUUGGAAAGUAUGAAUACAAUUGUCAAAACGAAUUAUUGAUUCAUUUACAAGAAUGCACCAAACCUGCAUUAGAUCCUGUACUGACAAAAGAUAUCAUCUUGGACCUUAACGAAUACACUUACAAAAACGAGGAUUCAGUCAAGGACUUCAAUUAUAUUUAUUUGGGUAAGAAAAAUGCUCCUGAUAAAUCAGUUCCAUUGAUAGUCGUGCCUCAUGGAGGUCCUAAUUCGAAUUUUAGUAAUGAUUUCAUUGUAUCCCACAUGUUUUACGCUACCCUUGGAUUUGGAAUUUUACAAAUCAAUUAUCGAGGAUCAACUGGCAUGGGAGGAAAAAAUGUUGACUACAUCCUUGGAAAAAUCGGCUCUUCCGAGAUCGAAGAUACUAUAACUGCGAUCGAUGAAGCUUUGCAAAAGUAUCCUUGGUUGGAUCCAAAAAAUAUUUUUUUGAAUGGGGGCUCUCAUGGAGGAUUUAUGAUUGCUCAUCUUACAGGGCAAUAUCCGGAUAAAUUUCGGGCGGCAGCUUUGAGAAACCCCGUCAUCGAUUUACCUUCAAUGUUCAGUUCAUCUGACAUACCAGAUUGGUGUUCCUCUCAAAGUGGCAUUAAAGAUGUGGAUGUGAGCGAUAAUGGCGAUUUUAAAAAGAAGCAAGAAGAAAUGAUGCUUAAAAUGUUAGCUCAUUCUCCUAUUUUGCUAGCCCAUAAAGUGAAAACUCCUACACUUGUAGCCAUAGGUUCCAAUGAUUUGAGAGUUCCUCCGCAUCAGGGCAAACUGUGGUUCAAUCGGCUGCGCGAAAAUAAUACUAAGGCCAGGCUUUAUGUAUAUGACGACAAUCAUUCUUUGAGUAAAGAUGAAGUUGAUAUGGAUUUUGUUAUAAAUUGUAUCAUGUGGUUCAUAGACCAUCAAUCGAGCUGAGCUAAAUUCUGUAUUAAAUAUAAUCAUAAAUGCAAAAAAACAAUAAACUUUUUCAACUUGCA